AUAAUACUCGCUCCGCUCAUUGUUGGCACAGGCCCAGGGCCACAGCCUCAGCCCGUCAUCCUCCUCAUCUUCCCUUCUUCCUUUCCUUCGCAGAGACCCUGUGAUUCUUCUCUUCUUCCUUUUUUCCCUCUUUUGAUCCUUGCGGCCUGGAAGCUCGUUGUCAUUCUUUCUCCCUCCACGGUUGUCCUCCAGCCGUCUCCGAGUAUACACAUACUUGACGUUCCUUUCUCACCUCACAUUCCUUUACGCGCUUGCGCUCUUUUCGCCCCGAAACGCGCCUCAUCGCUUUGACAGUACUCGAAGAAGACAUUCCCAAUACCGCUCAUCCUGCUCACUUGCGAAACGUCGGUUCAUCAACGUCUAUCCCAGACCCUAAAACUCGACCUGCUAAAUCGCCGGGCAUAUGUCUCUUGUUUGAAUAUCGGGUUACAGCGGAUAUCGUGUCGGUGAAGGACGAGACACACCUGCAAAAACUACAAAAUGGUACACGCUCACGGCCAUCACGGCCACACCCAUCUGGAGGCGCGUGACCCAGACGGCAUCACAAUCUAUAUCACCGCGGAACCAACUUUUGAUGGCCCCGUAGCUGGCUACUCGACGGAGGGCCAGGACGACACAACUACAAAGACUGGUGUCGUUGGUGAACCUGUUCGACCCACUCGUUCGAGCACAGAGGAAGAAUCCAAGCCUACGCAGACAAGUACACAUUCUGAGGACGACGAUGACGACGACGACGAUGAUGAGGAGGAAGAUGAGACCACCACAACCCGAGCGCCAUCUCGAACUACAACCCGAACAGUAGAACCUACCGAAGUGACUACAACCCAGACCACGACAGAUGACUCGACAACAACGACUACUCACACCACCCUCUCUACAAUCACGUCGACCAGCACUGACUCCGACGAGACUAGUACGACCACCACUAUUGUCGCCGAUGAGGCCACUGCAACAGGUUCCCUUGCCGCCGUUGGCUCUGGCUCCGAGGGCAUGUCAUCGGGCGCGAAAGCGGGUAUUGCUAUAGGCGUGAUCCUCGGUGUCAGUUUGAUUGCUGGUUUGAUCUUCUUCUUUAUAUGGAAGAAGAAAAAGCAACAGCAGCAGGGGCAAGAGCUGGAAGAAAACGACGCACCAAACGAAAAGUCGUAUGGAGGCUACAGCUCACCACCCCAACAGCAACCGCAACAGCAACUGCAGCCAACUCUCCCACCUAUAGCCCAGUCCAGUCCUCCCCAGCUCAAUGUGCGACCCGUCACUCAAUUCGCUCCGGACUUGACCCCAAUCCAAGGUGGUGUCACACCCGUAUCCACAGUCAGCACAGCAGCAGCUAUCGCACCAGCCGCCGCUCUAUCGCGUAACCUCACCGGUAACUCACCACCUCAGACCCCACAAAUGCACACACCGCAAUCCAGUGUGAGCACCCGAGACCCUUUCCGCGAUCCGGUCAAUCCAUUCGGUAGCCAGGCAGAGGUCCCUCCCUCCCCUGUCUCUGCUAUCACCAACGCCUCGACUCCCAGCCAGCAGCCAGAAAUCUCCCCUGUAGCUACUGGACCAAGCCCUGUCGCCUCACUGUCCGCUCCUGCCGGACCAGCACCAAGUGCAUCUCCAUCGGGGGAAGAUAUUGGGUCUGCAGCCGCCGCUGCCACUGCGGCUGGUGUCAUGGUUGGUGCUGCCGUCGUUGCUGCCGCUGCUCACAGCAGCGAAAAAGAUGCGCCAAGCCGUCCUGCAAGCUCCGAUUCAGAGGCCUCUUCAAUUCCUGCUCCUACGGCUCCUAACUCCAACAUUGUUGACCCAGCCUCCACCCCAGUCCCACUACCUGGUGCUGGGGCUGCUGCCAUGCCGACAAACGUACACCGUGUACAGCUAGAUUUUGCGCCCUCAAUGGAUGAUGAGCUGGAACUCCAUGCUGGUCAACUGGUUAGGCUCUUACACGAGUAUGAUGACGGCUGGGCUCUCUGUGUAAGAUUGGAUCGGUCGCAACAAGGAGUGGUGCCUCGCUCCUGUCUUUCGGCGCGUCCUGUGAAGCCUCGCGCUCGACCGCCGCCCGGCGCUGGUCCUGGUCCUGGUCCUGGUCCUGGUCCUGGUCCUGGCCCUGCCCCUGGGCCUGGCCCACGUGGUCCUCCAGGACCUCAGGGCCCUCCAGGCUCGCCAGCAAUGGGACCUGCUGGCCGUAUGCCUCAACCUCCGCGUUUCUAUCCUCAGGAUGGUAGCAGACCUAGUUCGCCCUCAUCUCGUCCAAUGUCUCCAGCCCGCCCUAUGUCUCCCGCUCGUCCAAGAUCUCCUGCACAAGGCCCAUACGGACCUCCACCCCCUCACAUCCAGCCUCCUCGAUCCAUGUCUCCGGCCCAAUUCCCACAAGUCCCAAGGUCAUAUUCUCCAGGGCCUGGGCCUCGACCAGUGCCACGAUCAAUGAGCCCUGGGCCCUAUGGACCUCCAGGCCUGCGGAGACCGGAAAUGCCCGCUGCCAAUCAACGACAACGUAGCAACAGCACCGGAGGCGCCAUUGGCUCAAAUCCCCGGGCGCCUGCCGGGCCAGGUUCGAGUCCUCUAGCUGCUCCUGUUGCACCACCCCCAUCGAGUGCUCUUCCGGCGAUUCCCACAAACCCAGCACCUGCUCCUACCAACGACGCAUGAACUAGCCGACAAUCACAUUCCUGAAACUCAAUCGAGCGCCUUGGAACCAGACCAGCAAUAUUGCCGCCAAAAGGAGAGCACGCGAGUUCUUUUCCCCUAGUGGCCGCCGCUGUGACCCAACUUCUUCUAUACUUGCUCUUUUUUCGUCACCUAUCCCACUUCAACACUUGGUUUUCUCCAACUUUGAUUUCACUUUUCAUGCUGACGUUUCAAACCCCCACGCUUCUUCAUUGAACGAAACAGCAAGCGCGGGAACCUAGCCUUGCUCCUUUCCCUCCUCGUUGAAGGAAGACGCGUAUGUCCGUUUACGGGAUAUACCCCUUAUAUUUGUAAGAUCUUCUUGUUACUGAUAGCGAUCACUAUCAAGUUGUGCCUAGUUUUCACUCGAAUCGCUCUGUAUGGCACAUUUUCUUGAGACGCUGAUUCAGUAUUCCGUACUAUCUGG